AUGGAGCGCUCGCAGAGCCGCCUCAGCCUGUCCGCCUCCUUCGAGGCGCUCGCCAUCUACUUCCCGUGCAUGAACUCCUUCGACGAUGAGGACGCGGGGGACAGCCGGAGGUUGAAGGGGGCCAUCCAGAGGAGCACGGAGACUGGCCUGGCUGUGGAGAUGCCCAGCCGGACCCUGCGCCAGGCCAGCCACGAGUCCAUCGAGGACAGCAUGAACAGCUACGGCUCCGAGGGCAACCUUAACUAUGGGGGAGUUUGCCUGGCAUCAGAUGCCCAGUUCAGUGACUUCCUGGGCAGCAUGGGGCCAGCACAGUUUGUGGGCCGCCAGACCCUGGCCACCACGCCGAUGGGGGACGUGGAGAUCGGCUUGCAGGAGCGGAACGGUCAGCUGGAAGUGGACAUCAUCCAGGCUCGGGGUCUGACAGCCAAGCCAGGCUCCAAGACACUGCCAGCCGCCUACAUCAAGGCCUACCUGCUGGAGAACGGCGUCUGCAUUGCCAAGAAGAAGACCAAAGUCGCUCGCAAGUCGCUGGACCCACUGUAUAAUCAGGUGCUGCUGUUUCCGGAGAGUCCCCAGGGCAAAGUCCUGCAGGUGAUCGUGUGGGGGAACUACGGGCGGAUGGAGCGGAAGCAGUUCAUGGGCGUGGCCCGCGUGCUGCUAGAGGAGCUGGACUUGACCACCCUGGCCGUGGGCUGGUACAAGCUCUUCCCCACCUCCUCCAUGGUGGACCCAGCCACGGGCCCCCUGCUCCGGCAGGCGUCCCAGCUGUCCCUCGAGAGCACCGUGGGGCCCUGCGGCGAGCGAUCUUAGUGCCGGGGAGGAGGAGGGGCUCCCCGAGAUGGUCCGGAGACCGCCCAGCCCCGACCUGGGACCCCAGGCCCCGGGGCAUAUUGAACAGAGGAGGCCGGGGUUCUCCCCCACCCAGUGGGGAAGCUGAAUGGGGAGACCUGACCCCCCAGGGCCCCUCCUCACUCCUUCUUUGCCUCCUAUUCCCCGAGACCUUCCCUCUCCCGAUGGGAUUGGCUGCACUUUUGACUUGGCCGGUUCUUGACCUGGUGGAUCUGUCUGCAGUCCGGAGAAAGGAAAGAUCGAGGCGGCAGAGCACACCAUCCUCCUGCCCCCGACUCUGUCCGACCGCACCCACUUUUUGCCUCCUUGGAAGCUCGCUGCCCGGAGUCACGUCCAGAACCCAGCGGCCAUCUCCAUGGUGCCAAUUACCAGCAAGUGUCUUUCCUGCGGCACCGGGUUCAGGCAGCUACUCCUGCCCCCCGAGCCUACGGGGCAGCUUUGCAAGGAUCCGGCGCCAGCUCCGGGGGCCCUGCGCCCCCGACUUGAAGAGGAGCUCAGGUCUCCCUCCGCCUGCCCAUGGAAGGAGCUCUGCCGCCGCCUGUUUGAGUCCAUCUGUCCGUCCCGGCUCUAGGACAUGGGGUCCAGCAGGAACCAGGGGAAAGGAAGGGGCUGCCCAGGGCCUGGCAGGGACCCCCAGGGCACCUGGCUCAGUGGGGCUGUGAGAAGCUAGUUUGCACACUGUGGGCGGACUGGAAAGAACUCUGUUGGCUGUGUUUCGUCCUAGGAGCUGCGGGACCCUAAUUUUCAAGAACCCCAGCCCCAGAGAGCUCGCCAGUCUCUGAAUUUGGGGGAUGCCGGUUUGGAGAGGGAUUCUGAAGAAAGCUGGGAUUGGGACUGAUGGUGCCAAGGUGAGGGAUUCCCUGGUAGGAGAAUCCCUCCUUGUGGAAUGAGGUCAAAGGUCGUCUUGUCUGGCCCUCUGCCUCCGGGCUAAGGGCCUGGGGAGGCACCCGAGCUCCCCAGUUUUAGUCUUUUUAAACCAACCAUCCUGUACUAAGGGCAGAGCCCACUACUCCGGCCUCAGUGACCUUGGCUCAAGGAGAGAAAGAGAGUGAGGCGAGACAGGAGUGUGAGAAAGGGGAGAUUCCUUCUUGAGCAGGCCCAGGGGGCUGCCUUCCCGCCCCGCCCGGCCCGGUCCUCCCCGGAGCCUUCGGAAGCCCUUUUGCAUGCGGGGAGGACAUAGGCUGGCCCCUUCUGUAGAAGCACAUUUCUGCCACCUCCCCUGGGAGGCACCCAGCCACCCACACCCCACACCCCCCCAUCAUUCCCCAGUCCUGCUGUGUAGGACGUAGUCUUGGUUAGCCGGGUAGGCUUAGAGUGCCUGGCCCUGGGCCUGGUCUUAGCUUCACAUAGAGUCCUUACAGAGGGGAUGGAGAAAAUUCCAGGAGGCAGCCUUCUCCCUGCCGGCCUGGCCUGGGUCCAAGCCUGGACCUGGUUCAGGGGAGGCUGGCCCCUCCUUCUCCUCCUCCUCUCUUUCCUCCCCCUCCUCAUGUAGGGUUGUAGCCAGAGCCGCCCCUGACACUCAGAUGUUCUGAUUUAUUACCCUUGGGACUGAUUUUAUUUAGGAAGCGCUUCUGAGGAUGUGGGCCUUGGCAGAGGGGGCCUGGGCUCCAUCAGAGGAGGUGGUUUUCCACUGAGGAUUGCCCGACUAUGUUCUGUCCCACCUUGUCCCCACUCCCCACCCCACCCCCCUUUAGGCUGUGGACCAGGUGAGUCCUUCCACCUGGAACUCCUCUCUCCUGGCCUGUUCCCAGCCCUGGGCAUCCUUUGAAGUCCUGGUUGAGUUAUAACACCCCCGCUGCAUGGGCAUGGGGAGAUGGAGGCGCCCCCUCCCUGGUCCAGGAGGCCUUCUGAAACUGAAAUCCCAAGGCUGGGGGGCAGGCAGCGGGGCUCAGAAUUGGCCCCUCCCCUGUGCUUUUUUUUUUUUUUAACCAGUGUGAUUUCUCUGCCGUUUGUUUAUUACUCACCAUUCGGAAUAUUUUGAGCCAGGAGAGCGCCUUCUCUCUCCAGCUGUCACUGCUCUGGUAGUUCAGGGGUAGCAUUUCAAAGCCGGGGUGGGGCCUGGUUGUCCCAACCUGAGGACAGGGGGGCACAGCCUUGCUCCCCCAACCUGAGCCUGCCCUGGUGGGGGGUGGGCCUGCACAGCCUUUAUAAAGAGAGAAGGCGCUCCAAAGCAAUAACAUCCUGAGGGUGGUCACCGAGGGCCCCCCUCAAUGACUUUCUGUUCGUUUUGUGGUUUCUUAGCUCACCUCCCGGAGGGGUGGCGUGGCACGGGGGCUGGAGCCCUCUUUCUUUGUAUCAUCGUUGUGAGCACAUGGCCGCCUUCCAAGGGGCUCUGACCAUUGAGCGUGGGGACCCCCUCUCCCUGCCCCAUCUGUCCUCACCCAGGGAUGGGAGCUUGGGGAGGGAGUAGCUGGGGAACCUUCCAGCCCACUCCUGUCUGAUCCUUUGCC